CAAAGUGCAAUAAAACUAAAUAGAAAUCAAAAGCAAAACAAAACUAAUUUAAAAACAAACGAAAAAAAAAAACAUUUGACCAGUGUUGAGCAACAGCUCAAAGACUAAAGAAGGAGUCGAAGGAGUUGCCCGCCCAGCUGCCAGUGGGGCGAGCGCUCGAAAAGUUUUGAAACUCCCUUUGGAAAUUGUAACAAAAAUGAGAAUUAAAAUGCCUGCGGUUCGAAUUGCACAAGAUUCCGACUCGACAGAGAACGAUGCGGUCGCCGCGCAGGACAUCCUCACGUGCGGCGCAUGCCAGAAGACCUUCGCGCUGUCGGACAUUGUCCGCUUCAUACAGCACAAGGUGAUGCAGUGCAACAAGGAGAACUACGGCCAGUGCACCACACAGGCGCCCAGCAUGGAUCGCGAUGCCGACGAGGGCCGUCCGCUGAGCCUGGUCAAUCGCCGUCCAUCGAUAUCGGCGCCAAUCACAGGUCGCAAGUCGGCUCCGGUUGGUGUGGCACCACCCACCGCAACCGCUGCCGCUGCUGCGGCCACAGCUGCUGCUGCUGCGGCGGCGGCGGCGGCUGCUGCGGCCGUUGCGAGCAGCGCAGCGAGCGGCUCACGCAUCCACACACCACCGCCCAGUCCGGCUGAUCUGCUGGCGGACGGAGCAAGCAGCACGCCCAAGCGCCUCGUGGAUGAGAACGACAAUACAACGCCCAAGGCGGACAGCGAGGCGCUGCCUCUGCAGCCGCACAGUCCACAGUCCGGCGAGCAGGACGUUCACAUCGGACGCGCUGCGAUCGAGGACUGCGCCCUGCUCGACGACAAGCCAAAGGUCAAGCAGGAGCCCCUCGCCGACGACGAGCUGCCGCAAGAGGAGCAGCAGCUCGACGAGGAGCAGCAGCAACAGCAGCAGCAGCAGGAGGAGCAGCGGGAGCAGGAGCGGGAGCGAGAACUGGAGCAGUCGCAGGUGCUGCCAGCGGGCGACGAGUGCCAGCAGCCGCUGGCCAAGCGACCCAAAAUGGAGCUCGUCGAUGCCGAGGCCAACACGGUGCAUACAGAGCCCAGCAACUAUACGUGUUCGAGAUGCAAGACCCGCUACACCUCCGCCUGGCGCCUCAUCCAGCACGUGCAGCACUCGCACGGCGUCAAGAUCUACGUGGAGGCAGGUCUGACUGUGGCCACGCCCGCCGCCCUCAACGCAGCCGCGUCGGCGGCCGCGAACGCCAGCCUAAGCCCCAACCGCAGCCUCAGCCCCUCAUCGGCCGCAGCAGCAGCAGCGGCGGCAGCAGCAGCAGCAGCAACCGUUGGCAUGCCGCUGCCGUUGCAUGCGCUGAUGGCGCAGGCCGUCGCCUCGCAGUCGCAGUCAACGUCACAGUCGGCGUCAGCAUCGCCGGCCCCGAAGCGCAGCAGCAGCAACAGCAGCGCAACGGCGAUUGUUGGUGGUGCCGGCUCGGCCAACACCAGCAGCAGCAGCACUGCGAGCAGCGGCAACUCACCGACACAGCAACUGUUGCAGCAGCGCGUACAGCAGCAGCAGCAUCAGCAGCAGCAGCAACAGCAGCAGCAGCAGCAACAGCAACAACAGCAACAGAACAUGGCAACGGCAAUGGCAGCGGGCAUGCGCCAUCAUCCGCUCCUGGCGCCGCCCGAGGCGAUGCACGCGAACCCGUUCCAGCUGCUCCGCAUGCCGCUGCCCCCGGCGCUGGCCCAGGGCAAUGUAGUUCCUAGCGUGGCGCCCCUCUUCGGCCGCCCCACGCCCGCCGACCACUACCGCAUGGAGCAGCUGGUCAGCGAGCAGUUCCGCCAUCACGGCUUCAAUCUGGCUGCCGCCGCCGCCGCCGCCCAGGCCCAGUUCAACGCCACCACCCAGCAGCAGCAGCAGCAGCAGCAACAACAGCAGCAGCCGCUGCCAGGAGUUGCCGUCAAUGUUCCUAGCGGCGUCGAGCCACGGCCGCCCUCGAGCAACAGCAGUCAGCGCGGCUCAGUGCCGCCCGCUGCGUUGCCGCCUCCGUCGCUCAGCUCUCAGCAGCAACAGCAACAGCAGCAGCAGCAACAGCAGCAGCAACAACAACAGCAGCAACAGCAGCACCAGCAACAGCAGCAACAACAGCAGCAGCAGCAACUGCAGCAGCAGCAACAGCAACAGCAACCCAUUGCCGCCGCUGUGAGUCCAGCGGGCGCCGCAUUGCAACUGGAACCGCAGCAGAUGGAUUUUUACUCGCAGCGAUUGCGUCAGCUUGCGGGCACAACAAGCCCUGGAGCUGGCAACAUUGUUAACUCGAGCUCGCCGAGUCCUAGACAGAAGCAAUCGCCGCGCUUUGCGAGCCCCUCGCCCAGCUCCGCAGCCAGCUCUGUGCAGCUGACGGCGACCCCGCGGCCCCACUCCCUGACGCCGCCCGAGAAGAGCGCCGAGAAUGGCGGCGGACAGCUCGGACAGCUGCCGGGCACGCCGCGGAGCACGGCCAGCACGCCGCCCAGCAAGCCCUUGGAGGGCGAGCGCAGCGAGGCGGAGCUGGAGGCGAGCUGCUAUGCGUGCGGCUACUGCGACAAGAAGUUCCGCUUCGAGAACAAUCUGAUCAUCCACCAGCGGACGCACACCGGCGAGAAGCCGUACAAGUGCACCGCCUGCGACUUCGAGUGCUCCCACAUCCAGAAGCUGAUGAAGCACAUGCGCGUCCAUCGCAGCCCCGCCGAGGGCCAGGACGGCAGCAGCAGCAACGGCGGCGACAACAACCAGGAUGGCCAUGACGGGGGCAGCAACGCCGACUCCUUGGAGACGAACGAGGCGGACAACGACGAGGAUCCCAAUCCGGAGGACUCCGACGAGGAGCUCAACGACGAGGACGUCGAUGCGGACGCGGAUGCGGAAGAGGACGACGAGGACGAGCUGGACGAUUGCGAGGACGUUGACUACGAGGCCGAGGAUCUCAGCGUCAACAAUCGCAUCGACGGCAAGAGCCAGAGCCCAAAGACGACCAGCUCCGGCGCCACCUCGCUGGUGGGCGAGCUCAUGGACAAGUUCGGCCUGUCCAACAUCGCCCAGUACUCGGAGGCCUACAAGCAGGCGCUGCAGGAGUCGGGCCGCAAGGAGGCGGCUGCCGUGGCCGCAGCUGCUGCCGCCGCCGCCGCCGUSGACAACAACAACCGCGGCUCCUCCGUGCCAGGAGGCGCCUCGAAUGCAGCAGGCGCUGCUGGCGAUAAGCUGAACGGGCUGCCGGUGGCCGCGCUGCGGCUGCGCGACGAGUUCGCCAAGAACUGCAACAUGUUCCAGCCACAGCCGCAGGACGGGCCCGCCCAGGUGCCGCUCUUCAAUCCGUUCCCCAAUCCCUUCGAGCUGUCCAAGCGCAUGAAAAUGGACGGCGGCGACUGGUGGGGCAUGUCGGCGCUGCACCGCAACGAGGCGCUGUUCGAGAACCUCAAGCUGAAGCCGCUCGGGCUGGGCGGCGCCAACUCGCUGCUGCAGGGACCCCUGCUGAAGAAGGAGUCGCGCCAGAGGAACGACACCUGCGAGUUCUGCGGCAAGGUGUUCAAGAACUGCUCCAACCUGACCGUGCACCGGCGCAGCCACACCGGCGAGAAGCCGUACAAGUGCGAGCUGUGCUCCUACGCCUGCGCCCAGAGCUCCAAGCUCACCCGCCACAUGAAGACGCACGGCCGCACCGGCAAGGACGUCUACCGCUGUCGCUUCUGCGACAUGCCCUUCAGCGUGCCCUCCACCCUCGAGAAGCACAUGCGCAAGUGCGUCGUCAACCAGGGCAAGGCGGCGGCCGCUGCGGCGAAUGCGGCCAAUGCUGUGGCUGCUGCCCAGGCAGCCGCUGCCGCGCAACAGUUGCAGGCAGCUGCCCAGGCCCAGCAGCAGCAGCAGCAGCAACAACAGCAGCAGCAACAACAGCAGCAGCAGCAACAGUUGCCCACACAGUCGUCGCCCUGCCCCAUGGGCGUGGCUGUGGGCUUUCCGCCGCAAUUCGGACACAAUCUGUCGCUGGCGGGCAGCGUGAGCGGCGACAACGACUCCAACGCUUCUUCCAGCCUGCCGGCGCACUCCAUCUCGCUGAAGGAGGAGGCAUGACUUUUUAGCAGCUGGAGCAGCAGCAGCAGCAGCAGCAACCACAACCACAACCACCCGCCGCCCACGUUGCAUGGCCCGCUGGCUGCACAUGUGCUACAG